ACGACGAUCGAGACGACGAUCAACGAGAUCAAGUGAAAAACCAGAAAUCGACCAGCCGCCGAGCAAACGGAAGCAGACGACAAACGCGCCGCAGUGCCUUGCUUGCUUGCUAGAAACGCGCGUUAUGUAAGCGUUUGACAUUGUUUCGCCACUUUGGCUGCCAAAUAAUUGCAGUUGUGCCGAUUAAGAUCGACUAAAAUAUCUUUAGUUUAAUAAAAAUUUUCGCCAGUGAAAAAGUGCUGUAAUUAAAAGUUAAUGAAACGCGUGCGUGUAACGGUAAUAAAAGUUGUUGAAAAUUGUGACAAAACUAACGGAAAAAAGUUGGUGGAAAAAUUUAUUUUUGGAAAGUGUUGACACACGCACCACAGCGCCGUCUUACAUACGCAUAUAAGUAUAUACAUAUAUAUAAAUAGCUACGGAAUAUCCGUAUAUACAUAUAUUAAAUAUAUAAACAUAUAUAUACAUAUGUACUCAACUCAACUAUAGCAACUUAUAUGAAGUGUUGUGUAUGUGCAUUCGCUUGUCAAUCAGCAUUGCAGCACGUUUUGGAACACUCCAUACACACAUACACACACACGAGGCGUAUAUAGUCAAUCACACACGCAUACAUAUGUGUGUGUAUGUAAGUGCAGUGUAGUGCAAGACUUGCAAGUGAACUUAAUAAAUUCUGCAUUUUGUGUGCAAUUGUUGGUGUUGGAAAAGCGAAAACUUCAUGCAACGCAUUUGAAAUCGUGAAAUUUUUUUUUAAAAAUAGCACAGAAAAUUUUCAAAAAUAACACAGAGCAGCACCUCCCUGGGCUGGCUGUUUGGCUGCUUGGCUAUCUGGCUGGCUCGCUGGCUGACUAACUUAACUUGCACAUCUUGUUCAUAUUUUGGGAAUUAGUGUGGCAAAUAAACACACAGACGCACACACACGCGUAUAAGCAAAGCUAAACUACACAAAUACAACAACAAGCAAACAGAUACUGGCAACUCUAAAUGUGUAUUGCCUGUCAACGAAUUUGUGUGUAUUUUGAUUAAUUAGUGUAUGUGUGUGUGUAUUGGUGCGCGUUGCUUGAUUAAAACACGACAACAACAAGCAUAAAUUGCAUUUUGGCGAGGAAGCAAACAAAAAUUUGUUAAGACAACUAAGGAAGUAGCGGCACAAAUAGCGGACAGUUUGACUCGACUAGAUAGAAAUAUGGCGACGCAUUCGAACGCGAACACUUUUUCAACCAAACUAAAUCGUAAUGUCUUGACUAUGCCAAAAUGGGUGACGGAAACCCACGAUCGCAUCGGCCCGAAACCACCACCGCCACCAUCACCCACGACGUCGGAAAAUACCCUCAAAGUGCCAGUAUUGCCACCGAAAACAAAAAAUCUACCCGAGCCCGAUUACGAAGUUAUCGAGUUCUCUGGCCAGCAAUACUCGAAUGAAGUUCUCAAAGCGGGCAGUCGUUCGAAAACUCCAAGCACACCAGAUGCAAAACUGAAAUGUACGCUCUGCGGUUCGCAUAAUCCCUGGGUCACAUGUGAGGAGUGCGCACAGCAGAUCUUUUGCGCUUCAUGUGACGAUAUGUUUCAUAAGCAUCCCAAGAGGCGUACGCACGUGCGAAAGGCCAUUGACCAAAGCCGUCCACCAUUGCCGCCGAAAAUUUUACCCGGACAAAAUGGACCAACACCACCGGUGGCGCCACCAAGACGCAAGGCACGCGGAUUUACACCACUACUGCCGCGCAAGGAACAGGUCAACACGAAUACGCUGCCAAUACCGCCCUCGCCGACACCCUCAUUGAGGAGCACCUCCUGGCAGGAUCGCGUUAGUUCACUCAAAAGCGGAUUGAAUCUGAUGAAUCGCCCUUUACCCGAUACACCGAAGACGCCGACCAGCGAGCACACAUCGUCACGUUCGGUCACACCCAAGUCGGUCUUCGAUAGCAUACAACGUCCACCGUCCGUCACAUUGGAGAAGAUCAAGAGUAAGGCUAGCGCCACAUUGGAUCGUAUGACCUUGCUGCAGCAACGCUAUCGUCAACACAAAGAGGAAAGUCUGAAGGGCAACACAGAUCAUAGCGGUUCUGUUACAGAUCAGAACCUCUCAUUCGAUCAAUGGUCAACCAUCUCACCGUCGCCAUCACAUUUUCGCUCAGGCAGCAUGUCGUCCGGGAUCAAUUCAUCUCAUUUUGACCUCACGGAUGAUACACAUUUUCACAAUAUGUUUAAUCAACGGCAGAUGCAUACGUCCGCGGCACAACAGCAACGCGCCAAUGGUCAAUUGGGCACACGUGGCAUGAGCACGUCCGUCUUCAAUUUGAAUCACAUAAAUCGACGCGCGCCAGAGCCACAGCAUGCGUGGAUGAAUAAUCCGAUGCAGCAGGCUCAGUCCAUGGCUCAUCUGAACUGCGCAACCUGUGCCAGCCCACAGCCCAAUGCCUGGCAUGCCCAUCAACAACGCAUGCCAAUGAAUAUGCCGAGCGCGGAAUGGGGUAAUCAAUUCAACUCACAGCAACAGCUUAAUCGCUCAAAUUUAUCACUCAAUGUUGGCGCCGGCUAUAUGUUGCCACAUCACCAUGGCGCUGGUGGCAUGAUGGCGCCACCACCAGUUUUUAUGAACCAAACGGGCAUGAUGGCGGGCAUGUAUCCUUAUCCCUACAAUGCGGGUAUGCCAGUUAUGAAUCCAGGUCUGAUGGGCAUGCCACCGCCCACGCGUUCACGCGCCACCUCACGAGCCGGAUCACGCGCCGUUUCACCGGCGAUGAGUCGCAAAUCUAUGCCGGUGCGCCGAAAACAACGCACCACCAGUUAUGUUGAGGAUGAACUCACCGAUGAUGAAGACUCCGAUCAAGACGAUCGACGUUCGAUUGUUUCAAAUCGUUCCGGCAUGACUAACACGCUACGCGCACGUCAACGACGCAUUUCGAGUGCUUCUCAGCUGCUGGAUGAUGAAAGCGAAACGAAUCCACGGCAAACACGCGGAAAGCUACGUGAUACACGUGAUCGCCGCGGUUCAAUUGCUAAGUCAGUGCAAAGUGAUUGGUUACCUGGUCGACGGACGACAGUGAAUCAAAAUAACACUGGCAACCGUCAGAAUGAACCGGGUUUUAUCAACACACUCAAGCCCACGCGCAUUUAUUCAGACUUAGACUCAGAAUCAUCGGGCACACGUGCAUUGGUGCAGGCUAAAAUACAAGAGAAACUGGAUAAGGGUACAAAGCGUAGCAGUUCUAAAGAGAAAGCAGCGGAGGCUGCGCGUCUAAAACCCACUAAAGUUUCUACAGAAGUGCAAGCAGGCGGUAGUCGAACGAUUACUAAAACGAACGCUGAAACUGAAACGAAAACUGUGGCAGCCGAAAAAUCGGAGAUCAUGAAAAGCCAAACGAACAAUGCCGAAGAGACUGAGGAGGAAGAGGAAGAAGAAGAGGAGAGCGGUAGUGAAGAGACUGAAAGUGAACAGGAAGAGGUGGCUGCGGUAGAGCCAGAUACUGUUGAAGGCAAACGCAUAGAGGAAGACAAUGCACCACAAGUAGUGCCCGCCGAUGAAGCAAACGAAGAUGACUUAGGCCCACCACCUUCAACACCAGACCAUGAAUGGGAGUGCGAGUUCUGCACAUAUGUUAACGAACCCAACGUGAAGAUCUGUUUGAUCUGUUGCAAGACACCUAGCAGUGUGCCGCGCAAGACCUCUACUACAACGGCUCCCACAGAAACCCUCAUAGUUGAGGAACGACCAACAAUGGUUAAAGAUAAACCAUCCGUCAGUCCAGAAAGACCUACCGCAUACAAAGAGAAACGAUCCAGUAGCACAGAACGAACGAAAGACAAACCGAAAGACAAAGUUAAAGAGAAAACAAAAGACAAAGUACACAGUACAACCAACAGCACCACCGCAUCUACUGGCACGGUAACCACUGCACCAAAACGCAAAACUGGCGUCACACAGAGUAUCAUAACUAAUCUGACGAACGGCAUAUCGAAGCUCAAGAUCACCUCAUCCGAGAAUGAAUCGGAUAACUCAGCGCUAGCGAAGAAGAAAGAAACCGUUGAAGAUGUGUGGGCCGCUUUAGAUGAUAACAUACAGACCACAGCUAAUGAGGUAAUGCGUAAAGCGGAAAAGUCCAAGCAGAGCAACAAGGUCUCAACUAGUUGCGGCACUUCACCCGUAAGGGAAGUGACGAAAACUAGAGAUAUCUCAAAGAUGCAACGAAAUGUGAAGGAGACCGGCACUUCACCGCCACCGCAAAGUAUUUCGACUCAAACCUACGAUACGGUACCUUUACGGCAACGCGAACCAAGUGUAACAGAAACUAUGCCCACUGGAAGUAGCAGUAUGUUUUACAACGAAAAUACACAGCUACAUCGUGAAGUACCCUCACCACUAAGCGUUUUCUCGCCAGAUACACCGCACUACGAGCCUAGACACAAAGAGCCCGAAACUGAGCUAUUUAUACUACUGAAGGAAGCGGAGCUCUACAAAUUCACACCCGAAGAACUACAUGCGGCGCUCAAGUACUGCGGUCCUUCAGUACAUCCGGUACAAUGGUUACGUGAAAACUGGCACAAGCUCAUACAGACCGUACAAAGUUUGUCGACGAAAUAUGGACAGGAACGUGUUGAGAAUAUUAUUGGCACUGUAUCACAGGGUGAGGCAAGAGAUGCACUACGUCAACAUGGCGGUAAUAUAUGGCAGGCAGUAUCGGAAUGUAUUGAACAGCGACAGCGGAAGUACCGCGAGAUCUCAAGUAAGGGCAAUUACUCGCGUGAAGACAUCGUAACUGCGCUGACGAUACAUCAAGGUAAUGCGGAUCUGGCGUUACUGGACUUGGGACGUACGCAGUUGAAGCCAUUCUUAAUGCGCAUACGUGGCUCACCAGCUGGUGUAGAGAAUGAGAGUGGCGCAAAUUUUUUUGGCGGCAACUCAGUGGAGCAUACAAUUCAACCAGAAAUUCAUGAUUUCCUCAGCGCAAACGCUUCGGAAUGCUAUCAAACACCAAAUGCAGCUGGUGCCGCUUUCAUAACCGAUCAUCCCACGCUGUCACAUGCAUCAUCUACUAACGAAUUACGUAAUACCAUGUACGAUAGCAUUUACCGUCAUAGUCCUUAUAGUAGAGAGGCAUCAUCAAGCCGAUUUCAUCUAGACGAUCCCGCAUUUAAUAAUCAAAACAUGCUAAAAGAUCUCGAAACACUUAUUGGUAAUAUUGAACAAAAUCAAGCGAAGCAGAGUGAGCCGAUGCUCAAAACUAUGGAGUCGAUGUUGGCCAAUAGUUUAGGCAAGAGUGAAAUGGAUAAUGAAAAUGAUCCCGAAAUGAUGCGCAUACUAAUGAAAAGCCCCAUCACUACCUUACAUGCCAAGCGUAUGACUUCCGAAUCAAAUAGCAGAACUCAGAGUCAACUGGAUGUGAAGAACUUUGUUUGGCAGCAUAUUCAAGAAAUAGUACCGAACUUGGUGCAACAAGUGGAGUUAGAACUCAUGGAAGAAGAUGCAAUGGAAGUCAAUGAAGUUAAAGAUACUCCAUUAGAGCAAAAGGUAACACCACCAGAGCCACCACCAAUCGAUGCUGAAGAAUUCAUAUUGGAGGAAGUCAUUGGACCAAAUAUUAAAGAAGCAUCAAUACGAGAGUUGGUGCCACCCGAGUUUAUAUAUGCGGCAGAAAUUGCCACUUUCCGCAUGGAAUUCGAUCGCGCAUUAGAUAGAGAUCAUGAGGAUGAGUUCGAAUUCGACAGCUUUGAAGAUGCUGAAAGAAGUAUAUAUAAAAUGUAUCACGCUCCUGAGGAAACGAAAGUAACUCUAGAAAGUAAGGCAGUUCCAGAGAUAGAAACCGAACACGAGCAAAUUGCAGAGGAGAAUAUAAUCGCAAAUGAAACUCGUCCUCAUGAAGUACAAGAAAUAAGAGCUGAUAUCGAAAGUACAACAACAAAUCAGAAAACGAUGGGAAAUGAGACGCAAGUAUCAGCACAAGCUGAACUCAUGGAAGACAGUGCAGCAACAGUACUUGAAAGUAAGGUUAUUCCACCAAGGACAGCUGAAACUGAAGAGACAGUUCAUGAAAUAGUUGAGUUAGCAAAUGAAUCCGUAGCCAUAACCAACGAAGAAACUUCUACGGCACUAACGGUUAAUGAAAACUCGGAGGUACCAAUAGCGAUUUCAAAUAUUGCUCCGAUCGAAACGCAGACUACAACAACCAUAGCAGAAACACAAAACCCUUUUAUAGAAGAAACCGCCAGCGUCAGCAUGGAAACUUCUGUAGCUACUGCAUUAGAGUCACAUGCGCCCCAGAAAAUAGAACAACCAGCUGCUGGAAACUCUGUUGAAACUACAAGACUGAGAAGAAAUGAAAAGAUGCAGAAACGUCAGAGAAAGAGUCAGUUACAAAAGAAUGCGAAUAGCUCUGAAGCAAAAGCAACGGCGGCUAUUCGAGGAAAUGCUAGUAUGGACCGAAAGAAAAUAACUGAGCUAGGAACUCAAAACGAGGCCAUAAAGAAUGAGGGUUUAACAAAUAACAACGGAGCUAUGUCUCACCAUCAAACUCCAGAAUCGGCUGAGGAUCAACAGGCAGAUACGAACAAUCCACUUAACGCAGAAAAUAUUACAGCAAAUCAACAAGUUUUAGAUACCAAAGAACGUCAACCGAAAGUGUCGAGAAUUCCCGUACGUCGUAGCGCAAGUCGACUUUCUGAGUCUUCAACUAACGAAAUCGAAACAGAGAAUCAAACACCCGAACUGCCCGUAGAAACCGUACUGUUAAAUGAAAAGAGUAUUACAACAAUAUCAGACAGUACAAGGAAUGAUGAUAAGAGAAACAAAACUGCUCCAACUGAGUUGCGAAUUGAGAACGAAGUACAAAUUGAGACAAUUCCAGUCCAAAACCAAGAAGGUGAAGAUCAAAAUGUAAGCAUAGAGAUUAUCCCUGCUGAAAAGGCGAUCAACGAUUUAAACCAAAAGACUACAAAAGACCCCGAAGAACAAAACUCAAGCAAGAUUUUGGAAUCUAAACCUGCCACAAGUUCGAAAACUGGCGCUGUAAGUAAGAUACCACAAAUAAGAAACGAUGCCCGCGAAGCAUCCACUUCGAAAGCUGCCCGAAACGCUUUGAACAAUGCACGAAACGAUAAACUUACCACACCAAAGAAUAGUGUAACGACUGUUAAAGCUCAAGCUGAAAAACCGAAACCCAAGGAAAGUAAAAUACCAAAACAGGCAGCAAAAAAGGUACCCUUGCGCUCGAAAUCCUUCUCCGGACCACCAGGUCCCAUUGGCAUUUCUUCGGUAAAGACCAUACAGCAAAAGUUUCUGAAUCAGCAAAAACAGUUAACCACGCGUUUAGAACCAACCAAAAAUCCACCAAAUGUAGUACGUAAGAAGUCAAUAACCGAAGCUAUUACUAAAUUUAUGCCCAGCACUUCAGCGGGUGCCAGUAGUUCUACAGCUACUGCGGUAACCAGCAUUUUCCGCACCCAUCCACGUAUACCUAAGAAGAAAUAUCACGAGACAUGCUUUUCAGAUGAUGACUUUGAGACGACGACGAGUGAGGAAGAACCGGAACCGCUGGAGAUACGUCAACGUAAGAUAAGUGUGCCAGUUUUUCGCGCAUACCCCAGCGUACAGGAGCCGGAAGUUGUGCCGCCAGAGGUGCUCGUUCAAAAAUUCAUCGAAGAAAAACUAGUCGCAAAUAUUGCUGAAGCGCAAAUAGCCGCCACUUUGGUAAAUAUGCGGUUCCAACAGGAUGUUUCACUGUGGGCGGCCAAGGAAUGUAGUGACCUCGAUCAAGCCAUCUCUAUGCUACAACAAGAGUGUGAACUUUGCAUGGGCACAUAUCCCAUGAAUCAAAUUGUCUCGAUGCUCAAAUGUACACACAAAUGUUGCAAACAAUGUGCCAAAACAUAUUUCACAGUGCAGAUUACCGAUCGCAGCAUCAACGACUGCACUUGUCCGUUCUGUAAGCUACCCGAAUUACACGGACAUAACGAGCAUGAGGACGAGAAUUUAGAAUACUUCUCGAAUUUGGAUAUCUUUCUGAAGAGCAUUUUGGACGAAGAAGUGCAUGAGUUAUUCCAGCGAAAGCUAAGAGAUCGCACAUUGUUGCAAGAUCCGAAUUUCAAGUGGUGCAUACAGUGCUCAUCCGGUUUCUUCGCGAGGCCCAAACAGAAGCGACUCAUUUGUCCAGACUGCGGUUCCGUGACAUGUGCGCAGUGUAGAAAGACGUGGGAAAAGCAGCACGAAGGUAUUUCGUGUGAACAAUUCAAGGAAUGGAAGGAAGCCAACGAUCCGGAAGUGCAGGCACAAGGAGUUCAAGAGCAUUUGUCGCAAAAUGGCAUUGAUUGUCCUAAAUGUAAAUUCAGAUAUUCGCUGGCCAGAGGUGGCUGCAUGCAUUUCACUUGCACCCAAUGCAAGUAUGAAUUUUGCUAUGGUUGUGGCAAACCAUUUAUGAUGGGCGCCAAAUGUACCAUAUCCUCGUAUUGCGCCAAACUGGGUCUGCAUGCACAUCAUCCGAGGAAUUGUCUUUUCUAUUUACGUGACAAGUUACCCAUACAAUUGCAAAUGUUACUUAAACAAAAUAAUAUACAAUACGAUGAAGAUCCUACAGAGUUGUCUGGCAACCACGUGGAAGAUGCCUCAACGUCCACACCGAAAGUGCCACGUUGUCCAAUUCCCUUGCAAAAAGAGACUCCCACCGGUAUGGUAGACACAGUAUGCAGUGGAGAGGUGCCAGAUAAACAUGCUGGCAUGUGUCGCACCCAUUACGUCGAGUACUUGACCGCCAAAGUGGCUAAAGCGCGCAUUGAUCCACUGCCCAUAUUCGAUCUAACCGAUUGUGUGCAAGAGUUACGACGACGAGAUAUACGACUGCCGGAACGAGGUCCAUGGGAUACAGAUGAAAUCUACAAGGGCAUGUGUUCUGAGGUUAUAAAGAAAAAUAUUCCGCUGGAAACGACAUGAGACAGUGUGCCGCAAGCGACUUGGACCAAUCCACCAGACACCCAACCAUAGGCGAGCAACAUAUGAACGAUAUACAUAUAUACAUAUGUACGAGUGAACGAUGUUGUGGACUGCAAAUAUUUAGGAGGAAGAAGCGGAAAAAAUUAAAAAUGAAAAAACACAAAAAUAAUGUAUUAUUUUCAACAAUAUUUUCUUUUUUCUUAUUUUCCACUUGUUCAUUUCCUUAUGUAUGUUUAUAUUCGUCGCAGUCCACUGUAUUUCUCUUAUCCACGCUACUAAUCCAUAUUACUACGAGUAAAUGUUCAAUUUAUAUUUUCUAAAGCUUAACUAGUGAAUAAAGUAUAUACAGAAAGAUAAA